AUGCCUUCCACAAUUCAAGGACCGACAUAUUCUCUUGUCCUUUCGCCGCACAGUUUCUUCACACAAGUAGAAUUUAUCUCAUUAAUUCCUCCAUCACCACAAAGUAAUGAUUCAAAGACAAACUAUUCAACAACUAGUUACUUAGAACUAUUGCGAACUAUAACACCGACUUUGGUCUUUAACGAGUUGUGUUCACAAACCCGUGCUCUUACUGAACCAUCAACACCUCAACACAAUCAAAAUAAAGACAAUUUAAAUUACGAUUUAAUCGCUUAUGUCGAUAUGAUACUUGGUUCGUCACAAUCAAACACACCAAAUCAAUGUAAAGUUUCUUCAUCAAGAUAUAAAGUGAUUUCAGUGUUAGGCCAUGGCUCUUUUGGACAAGUUUUAAAGUGUUUGGAUAUGAACACCGGUUUGUUUGUUGCAUUAAAAGUGUUAAGAAAUCGCUCAGCGUAUUUUAGACAAGGAAUGCUUGAAAUCGCAAUUUUGGAAUUGUUAAAUGAUAAAUUCGAUAAAGAGUGUAUUGGUCAUACUUUACGUCUUAUUGAUCACUUUUUAUUUUAUAAUCAUAUUUGUAUAGUAACUGAAAUGCUUGGAAUUAAUUUAUAUGAAUUAAUGUGUCAAAAUGGGUGCAGAGGUUUUGGUGCAAGUGUUGCAAGAGGAUUCGUAAAACAAAUCUUAGAAACUUUAAUUCAACUACAUGCAAAUAAUAUCAUUCAUUGUGAUUUGAAGCCUGAGAAUGUUUUACUUGUGGACUUCACGAAACAGAUACGAGUGAUAGACUUUGGGAGUGCGUGUUUUGAGAACAGCACGUUGUACACGUACAUCCAAUCGCGCCAUUACCGUGCGCCAGAAGUGAUACUUGGGCUUCCAUAUUCGAGUGCGAUUGACAUGUGGAGUCUUGGUUGUAUUGCUGCCGAGUUCUUCAUUGGAAUCCCAUUAUUUCCUGGGAGUAGUGAAUACAACCAAAUCUACAAGAUCAUUCGGAUGAUUGGCAUUCCACCAAGUGCGUUACUUGAGAAAGGGACCAAAACAGACAAUUUCUUUAAUAAAUUGAAAGGUGCAAAUGGAAAGACUUUAUAUGAACUCAAAACCAAAGAACAAUAUGAGAGAGACAAUGAUAUUAUUAUAGAUAACAACAAAGACUAUUACAAUUACACAUCUCUCAAAGAUUUUUGUAUGCGAGUACCUUUCCGAAUAUCGUCCAAAGACAAAGAACGGAAAGACGAAUUCCGUUCCGCGUUCUAUGACUUUUUAAACAACAUAUUGAUAUGGGAACAAGAGAAGAGAAUUACUCCACAACAAGCUAUUAAUCAUCCAUUCAUUACUAAAGCUCAUUUUGAAUUGGGUUCGAAAGAACUCAAAAUGAGCAGUGACAUUCCUCAAUCUCUAAAAUCCGUUGAGCUUCAACCAAAAAUUGAAGACGUCCUCAAAAUGUUAUUUCCUUCAGAAGUUAUAGCAAAGACGCAGUCGCAAACUCGUUUCAAUCAAACAAAUUACUAUGACAUUUACUUAGCAGCUUUAGAGAAAGGCGUAGUUUUAAAUAUUCAAAGUCCAAAUCCAUUCACAAUGGAUCCCAUCACACCUUCUUCUUUAACAACUUACAUUCAAAAAGAGAAAGAAGACUUCAGAGUGUUAGACGAUCUUCGUAAAUUGACAAAAUCAGUGGACAACACAGACUCCAUAUUUAACACCAAAGAUGUUUCUCUUGAUGGGCGGAAUUCAGUGGACCUAUUUGCUGGUCAAAAGUUGGAUCUCAAAGUGAACCAAAGUGACUUUGAUAAGGAGUUAAUAGUCUCCGAGAGUCUUUCCCUCUCUCCUUGUGUGCCACAUAUGAACUGGUGA